AUGACGGCGUUGAGUUUGGAAUCUUGUGGGAAAGAAAUCGGACCCACCGAUUUCAAGCAAUUUGAGGAAGGAACACAAAUCGGUGGGUCCGAAUUGUGUGAGGUUGUUGAGCUAGAAAUCGCCCUUCCUAUUGUGGCGGAUGGUGAGUUCACAGUGGGGAUGAAAUUCAGUUCAAGGGAGGCAGUAAUCAAGGCAAUGAAAGAUUAUACCAUCCGGAGAGGUGUAGACUAUCGGGUAUAUGAGUCGGAACCCACGACAUUCUAUGCCAAAUGUACAGAAUAUGGUAAUGGUUGUGACUGGUUGAUCAGGGUAACCAAAAUGCAUAAGAAGUACUGUUGGGAGAUAAGGAGGUACAAUGGAAGUCACACGUGUACCAGGUCAACUAUUUCUCAAGACCAUUCGAAGCUGGAUUCGAAGACAGUUGCAGAAGCAAUUAAGCCGUUGGUAGAAGUUGACCCGUCUAUAAAGGUGAAAUCAAUCAUUGCUGAAGUCCAGUCAAAGUUUAACUACACCAUCAGUUAUCGCAAGGCUUGGUUAGCAAAGCAGCAGGCGGUGGAAUCAAUUUUCGGUGGUUGGGAAGCAUCGUAUGAAGCUUUGCCCAUAUGGUUUGAGGCCAUGUGUCAAAAGGAGCCAUCCGCAGUGGUUCACUUUGAAACAAUGCCUGCUUACCAGGGGGAUGAUUUGGUUCCUGAUAUACGUGUAUUGCAUAGAGUCUUUUGGAGCUAUUAUCCUUGUAUAAGGGCCUUCAGACACUGCAAGCCAAUGGUGCAGGUGGACGGGACUCAUUUGUAUGGAAAAUACAAGGGUUGUUUAUUGGUUGCAGUCUCACAGGAUGGUAAUAACAACAUAGUACCUAUUGCAUUUGCCAUAGUGGAGGGAGAGACUUCGGAUGCAUGGUACUUUUUCCUGAGUAACUUGCGUCAACAUGUGGUGACACGUGAUGGAGUGGGACUUAUCUCUGAUCGACACGAUUCUAUUAGGUCAGCUAUUGAAAGAAGUAAUGGUGAUUGGUCUCCUCCUAGAGCAUUCCAUAUGUUUUGUAUCCGGCAUAUUGAGUCAAACUUCUUGAAGAAGUUCAAGGCACCUUACUUGCAGAAGCUCAUCGUCAACAUUGGAUACUCGAGGACGAUCAAGGAGUACCAGAUGCGCUAUGAACGAUUAAAGGAACGGGGUGAGGCUUACACCAACUGGCUUGAUCGGAUCCCACGUGAGCAGUAUGCUUUGGCAUUUGAUGGUGGUUACCGGUGGGGUCAUAUGACGACCAAUCUUGUGGAGUGCAUCAACUCUGUCUUAAAGGGUGCACGCAAUCUCCCGGUGACAGCCCUUGUUAAGGCUACAUUUUACAGACUGAACGAGUUGUUCACAAGGAAAAGAGCCGAGGCUGAAGCCCGAAUUAAUAAUGGACUUGUGUUCUCUGAAGUGGUGACCUCCAAGCUGCAUGCAAAUCAACGAGCAUCGAGUAACAUACAGGUUAGCUGUUUUGAUAGAGAGAAUGAGGUAUUCGAGGUACGCGAGAUGCCAAGUGGGGCUGAGUAUGCAGUUGACCUACGCCACCGUCGUUGCGACUGUGGUGAAUUCCAGGUUGACCGAAUUCCGUGUCGACAUGUGUUUGCAUGUUGUGCAAACCAGCGGUUGGAUUGGCAAGUGUACGUUCAUGAUGUAUACAAGAUGGACCAAGUUCGAAGAGUAUACAGGGCUAGGUUUAGGCCACUCAGGAAUCCUGCAACAUGGCCUGCUUACCAGGGGCCUCGAUUCGUUGGAAACCCGUUCCUCAGACGUGUGGCCAAAGGUCGUCCGAAGACGACCCGCUUCUUGAAUGAGAUGGACACUCGUAUGUUGCGUCGCCCUAGGCGAUGCAAGCAAUGCGGUGGCGAGGGUCAUAGUCGAAGUAGAUGUCGUCAAAUUGGUGGACCUAGUGCUGGACCAGCCGACGAUUAG